AUGUUUAAAACGUUUUCUUACUACAAAAUUCCAAUUUACGAGACUUACAAAAAAAUAGACCUAUUUUUUAUAGACAAAAAAUCAGAAACUGAUAUUGUAUUUUGCCAUGGUUCUAUAAUAUCUGGCAAGACUUAUAAAAGAUUACUUGAUAAAAUGGCAGAAAAUACUGGUUGUAACGUUAUAAGCUUCAAUAUACGAGGCAUGUUCAACAAAAGAGGCGUGCCAUCAGAAAAAAGUAUAAAAAAAGAACUAAAUGAUUUAGUAGAAUAUUUUAAAGCGAGGAAAAAUAGAAACUACAUUUUUUUUGGCCAGUCUUUAGGAUGUUCACUUGCUAUUUAUUUGAAUAAUCUGAUACCAGGUAAAUGUAUACUAGAGAAUCCUUUUGUUGAUUAUAAAAGUACAGUAAAAAAAUUACCUAUUUGGAAGUGGUUUACAUUUCUUAUUGUAGACAAAUGGAAAAACAAUACUUUUGGUUUAGAUUCUGUUUUGUUUUUGCUAUCUACAGACGAUAAACUUGUUGAGAAUGCCAAUGGAGAACAAUUAGCACUUAACUGUAAAAAUGGAAUUAUUAGAUAUUUACAUGGAAAUACACAUUUUAAUAGUGCUUGUAACAAUAAUUAUUAUAAAUUUAUCAAAGAUUUUAUUUAG